AUGUGGAGACCCACUUAUCAUUUUGCUUCACCCAAUUCAUGGAUGAACGAUCCAUGUGGUCCAUUGUAUGAUUCAGCAACUCAAACUUAUCACUUGUAUUAUCAAGUUCAACCUGGUCAUGUACAGUGGGGAAAUAUUUCCUGGGGUCAUGCUAAAUCAAAAGACAUGAUCUUUUGGGAGGAUGUCACGUCAUGGAGAGGAUAUGAUUACAUUACCCUUGCACCUGGUGUAGGGAACAAUCAAAGUGUACUUGGUGUUUUUACCGGUUCAACUUUGCCCGUCACAAUUACUGGUGACUCAACGAACAGAACAAUUACAGCCAUUUAUACAAGUGUAAAAUAUUUACCAAUCAGUUGGAAUGGUCCAUAUCUUAAAGGAAGUGAGACUCAAUCAUUGGCAGUCUCGUACGAUGGUGGUAUUACUUACCAACAAUAUGCCAAUAAUCCAAUUCUAGCUUCGCCACCUGAAGGUAUGGAUGUCACUGGAUGGAGAGAUCCGAAGUUCAAACAAUGGCCAGAAAUAGAUAAUGUAUUAUAUGGAUCAAAUCAAGGUCAUUAUUACAUGACUGUCUCAUCGGGUGUUCGAGGUGUCGGUCCACGACUUCUGCUUUAUCGAGCUUUUGCCAAUGACUUGACCAAUUGGACUUAUUUAGGACCUCUGGUUUCUGUAUCGGGUAAUUUUACGCUUAAUGAAAUCUGGUCAGGCUCUCUUGGCUAUAAUUUCGAGGUUUCUAAUGCUUUCUCUAUUCUUGAGAAAGCCGCUGAUGGUGGAGAUAAUAAAACCAUGCACUCUUUUGCCAUGCUUGGUACCGAAGGAGGAAAUACAACAUUGCAUCCAUCUACGCAUUGGUCUGUAUGGAUCAAUGGAAAUAUCAGUAAGACGGGUAAUGAUAGUGUAACCAUGAAUAUUAUUGCAUCUGGUGUUGCAGAUUGGGGUGAUACUUAUGCACUCAACUCAUUCCACGAUCCAAAAGGAAACCGAAGAAUUUUCUAUGGGUGGGUUAUGGAAGACAAUAAUAACUAUGGGCAACGAGCCUUUGGUUAUAAUGGACAAAUUACUCUUCCAAGAGAAGUUUUUGUUCAAGUUUCAGAAACUUGGUGUAAACGUACAUUUGGUGAAAUAACCUAUUUAUGUCAGUUUUGA